AUGGAUUCGCAGUCUGAACACAAGAAGAAGAAGAAGAAGAGAAAACUGGGCAGCGAGGAAAACAGCGCCGAUGUCGGUGGUCACGCUGGGCGAAAGGAAAAGAAGAAGAAAAGCAAGAAGCACAACAAAGAGAAAGACCGGUCAGAGGGAGAGGGCCACGUGGGUGGCGGUCCCAGCACCGACAAUGACGGCAGAGACACAUGUGCUGCACCACCGCCGUCGAAGUAUGUGCCAGGAGGGGAUUUCGAACGCCUGUCAAGCUCAUUUCUGGAUGCUAGCGAGCUUAAUGACGACACGGAAGUCUGGCUACUGCAAGUUCCGUACCAGCUCAUGCCCCUUAAGCACUUGGCAGACUACGAGUGGCACAUGGAGAAACUGUGCGAAAUCGAGCCAGACAGAAUUGCAAGUUUGAGAGAUGCUGAAGGUGCAGACCAGUUUUCCGUCCUUGCAUAUGACAAUGGUGGAGAGUCCGACGCGGUGGUGUUGAACGCCGAGGACGGAGGCACUGUCCGCACCCUUCCAGUGACAAUGUGUGGCAGGAUCAUCCCUCAGCUGUUAGUGGCAAAUGAAGAAACGAAGGACACGGACCAACAACAAAACCAGCAGAACCCUGAUGAUGGCGGCAGCCAGGUGAUGACAGUGACUGGGAAAGAGGGAAAGGAGAAGAGAAAGGAGAAAGUGCAAAGGGGAAAGGAGGAGGGAGAGGGGGGGAGGGAAUACAGGAAAAAUGGAAAGAAGAAAAUACGUGGAGACAAAGAGAAAAAGAAGAAGCAUCGAGUAAAGAAACUUCCAUUGGAAGGGGAAAAGGCAACGUGA